UAGUUUGUUAUUAUUAUGAUUGUGUGUGUUGAGAUUUUGCGCGUGCUACUUGAAUAAUACGUCAGACGUGGAUUAAGAGAUGUGGGCUGGCCCUGUGCUAUCCAAGGCUUUCCUCCUCCUCUGAUUCACCUCAGCUGCAGCUGUUGGUCUGUCGGAGCUCAGACGGAGCAUUUCAGCAGAGUGGAUCCCAGACAUGAGCCUGUGUGCCGGGGGAACAGUCUAUGGCUUUACACACGUUUCAGGUAACGACAUCUUUGACAAAUCAUCAGGACAAAUGUCGGAUGAAUCCACUGGCUUCUGAAUGGAUUCCUGAAGCGUGUUUUUUCGGAAAGCGCGUUUCGUUUUUUGCAAGAGUGAUGAAUGAAAACCAGGAGGAAAACACCAGAAAACAAAACCCGACCUCGCCAUGGAUGUGAGGGUGCAGUGAUUCUAUGGAAACAGCUGUGACUGUAUAAAGUCAGAAUAAAAACACUAAACAGCGACAAGUUCUGCAGAACACAGCAUUUUUGCCUUUUACGGAUCAGAUGCUCAGAUGGGAGUUCGCUGAAUACAUUGGUCCUGAGCACCGAGCAGACCCCUGCACUUAGACCGGAGGAUGAUCCCCGGGGUCCCCAGUACGAUCACCACCAUGAUCCCCGCCUCCGAGGCUGCCAAAAUAUACCAGACCAACUACGUCCGGAACUCCCGCGCCAUCGGCACCCUCUGGGCCAUCUUCACCAUCCUCUUCGCCAUCGUCAACGUGGUGUGCUUCAUCCAGCCGUACUGGAUCGGAGACGGCAUGGACACCCCGCAGGCGGGAUACUUCGGGCUGUUCCACUACUGCAUCGGCAACGGGCUGUCCCGGGACCUGACCUGUAAGGGCAGCUUCACCGAGUUCAGCAGCAUCCCCUCCGGUGCGUUCAAGGCCGCCUCCUUCUUCAUCGCCAUGUCCAUGGUGCUGGUGCUCUCCUGCAUCGGCUGCUUCUCGCUCUUCUUCUUCUGCAGCACCGGCACCGUGUACAAGAUCUGCGGCUGGAUGCAGCUGGCUGCAGGAACCGCUCUGGUCCUGGGCUGCUUGAUCUACCCUGACGGCUGGGACAGUGACGAGGUGAAGCGGAUGUGCGGCGAAGAGACGGACAAAUACACGCUGGGGGCCUGCUCGGUGCGCUGGGCCUAUAUCCUGGCCAUCAUGGGCAUCAUGGACGCCCUCAUCCUCUCCUUCCUGGCCUUCGUCCUGGGGAACCGGCAGGACGGUCUGAUGUCUGACGAGCUGCUGGGGGAAAAGAGCGGCAGUAACGCCAUAUAAUACCUGGUGAUGAUCAAGCACAAAGAGGUCUUGUUACCUAAACCAGCAUCUCUCCUGGUCCAACCUGUGGCUGGGAAGCAGAGCUGAUGUGUGGGGAAAGAACAGGUCAAAGGUCAGGUCUGUCUGGAAGAGCCCACAUCACUUUGGUGGAGACCAGGAUGCCGGCUGUCUUCUCUGAAAGCCCCCCCCCCCCCUCCUCCCCCUCUGUAAAACAUCCUUCUCAUUCAUCUCACACUGCUCCUUUUUACAGGAUGGAUUCAUAAAAUAACUUUUUUAAGAUUACCUGUGUUAUGUCGCUGCAUUAUCUUACGUUCAGAUUGACAUGUUUGUCCGUUUGGAUGAGAGGAAAGCGAAAAGGUGAAAAGGUUCAGGUGGAGAAGAAAAUAUUUAAAAGACUAUUGAAGGACAUAUCAGCUCCCACACACCACGGAGCAACAGCUGCUUAAAUAGAUUAAAAUCACAAGAAAUGAUCCAGUCUCUGACGGACAGAAAUAAGGACUUAACAGACUUGAGGUCGGAUCUUCUUUCUUAUCAAGACAACACACUUUGUUCUGGGCUUUGACAUAGAGUGAGGACUAAAGAAGAUGCACUUGAUAAACGGAACAGAAACAACAGUACUGCUUUGUUAAAAAUAAAUGUUUGAUGUGAUAAAUUCAAUGGUAGUAAUGUAAGGUGUUGCUAGUGACAACUUUGCAAAAUGGAUACUAAGUAGAAGAAAAAAACAUGAAUUGUAUCAAGUCUAAAAUAUGUGUGUAUGUUUAUUAUGUCCCUGUACAUUGAUUUGAAGUGUACACUUUGUGUCAAGCUAUUGGUCCUUUAUUAGUGUGUGCCAUACAGUAUCUUGUAAUUUGACAGUAUUGUGGAGUACUGAACAUAAACUGAAGCUGGAUACGGCUGUUUGUUACCUGCCA